UCUUGAAUUUUCAUUCUGGCUUUCUCUAUAUGUAGUUUUUGCGAUCUUUUAUUACUGUUCUCUUCGAACUAGCUGCUUGUUGCUUUUCGCUCUGGAAAUUGUGGUUUUGAAUUCUUUGAUUCUUUAUGGAUGUUUGGUCUCCAACGAUGGACGAAACUAAGAAUUCUGAAGCGCAUUUGACAUCAGCUGCAGCUUUUGUCGAAGGUGGAAUCCAGGAUGCUUGUGAUGACGCUUGCAGUAUAUGUCUUGAAAACUUCUGUGACAAUGAUCCUUCAACGAUGACCAGUUGCAAACAUGAGUUUCAUCUGCAGUGCGUUCUUGAAUGGUGUCAGAGAAGCUCCCAAUGCCCCAUGUGUUGGCAACCUGUUAGUCUGAAGGAUCCAACCAGUCAGGAGUUGCUCGAAGCAGUAGAACAAGAGAGAAGUUUUAGACUUAAUCCAGUUAGAAACUCAACAAUAUUUCGACAUCCCACUUUUGGUGACUUUGAGUUACAGCAUCUGCCAGCUGGUGCUGAUGAGGCUGACCUUGAAGAGCGUAUACUCCAACACCUAGCUGCUGCAGCUGCCAUGGGACAAGCUCGCCAUAGUGCCAGAAGGGAAGGCCACAGACAUCGGUCAGGAAUUCAUGGCCGUCCCCAAUUGUUGGUGUUUUCUUCCCCUCCUAAUUCUUCAUCGACCUCUCAACUUCCUCGUGACAAUCGGGAAGGUGAAGCAGCCUCAAGAAUCAUGGUAGCUACUGUAUCACCACCUCAACCUGCUGGAGAAGAGUCUCCACAACUCAAUGCUCCAGCAUCUCCCGUGCAAACUGAUCAGUCUUCUCCAUCAGCACCUCAAUACAGUCCACGUUCUGCCAGCCAACUUGGAUCUCCUUCGAGCGAUAGCUACAUGGAAUUUAUCGAUCAUGUAUUAAUAUUAUUGUCCCACACCGUUCUUAGGAGAUCCACCAGUCAACCAGUGCGAAGUAGUCAAGAUAGAGCCGGACCAUCAUCAGAAUUGCAAUCACUCUCGGAUUCACUGAAGUCUCGAUUUAAUGCAAUGUCAAUGAGAUACAAAGAUUCAAUCGCAAAGAGCACAAGAGGCUGGAAGGAGAAAUUGUUCUCUCGCAAUACUUCAAUGUCAGAUAUUGGCUCUGAGGUUAGAAGAGAGGUUAAUGUUGGGAUAGCAACGGUAUCGCGCAUGAUGGAACGUCUUGAAACAAGAGAUGCUAGAAAAAGUAGCAGUCCUGAGUCCAGUAAUGUAGGGGAUAACAACCCGGUUUCGGAAUCAAAUGAUAGACGGACACCAAAGAAUGGAGGAAACAAUCCUUUGAGCGUCUCAAAUAAAAAAGGUUCAUGCCCUGCAGAAUCCAGUUCAAGUUGAACAUUCUCAGAAUUGGCUUCACUCAAAGGCCAUCUUAUAAGAGAAUGACUCGAUGGAAUUUUUUAGAAUAUAACCAAGGAGAUUUGGCUUCCUCAACUACAAUUGUGACCCCCUCUUUUAACCUAGUCAUACAAAGGGUGAAAGUAGUCGAGCAAUUCGAAAUCGAAUUGCUCGAUUUUUAACACUAAAUGUAAGCCCCACAUAGUAAUGACAGUUAUGAGAAUCGGCCCCUCACAUAGAAACGACAUUUGUGAGCAACGACUUGUAAAUUUGAGCAAACUAAUAUUUGGGUUGAACUUAUCAAGGAUGGCACAUAUUCUAUU